AGGAAUCAGAAUUGGGAAUCACCCUCUCCCCUCCAACUACCACCAGUAGACUAAACAUCUGUUUGGGUUGUCUGUAUCUUUACCUCUUGUCUCCAGGAUUUUUGUUCCCAUAACAGGUAGAAAGACUGGACCUAGCAGAGGUGCCCCCACAAUGAGUCACUGUCCCCUGGGAUAAAUAGCCACAAACAGCAUGAAAAGCUGGCCAGAACUUGGGCACUAACUCCCAGGCCUUUGACAUUAGAGACAAACACUGGAGGUUUCCAUUCAUUUCACAAGGAGUGCCAGGAGCCUCAGAAAGGGAAGUUAAGAACCCCACCUAAAGCAGGUACUUGCUUUGGAGGUGCUGGGCCUCCCCCCUAGAGGAAGGUGAGAGGUGGAGCCAGGGAAGUGCUCCAGGGUUGCAGUGAGUGACCCAGGGGCCCCCGGGGGCACUGAGAUCCCUUCCUGCUCCCCUCUUUGCCUUCUCCUCUGCCUUCUCAUUCUCAGGUCUCCUCCUUUCUGGCUCUCUCUUCCUCUGUCUUUCAUCUUUCAGUGAACUUACAUGUGUUUCUAUCCAUUGACAGGAGAGGGAAUGUGACAUAGCAAAAAGAGAACUGGCCUCCAGGAGUCAGGAGGCUGCCUUUGAGACCCGAUUCUGCCCUGACCAGCUCCGUAAUCUUGGGGCAAGUUACUGAGUUUCUGAGCCUCAGCUUCCAGGUGUGUCAAAGGGGCCCAUCCCUGAGGUCCCUGCUCUGACAUUCAGUGAAGAGUGGGAGCAGGUCCUGUCUGAGAUCCAGAUGGGCCACAGGUGUUGCAUAGCUGGAAGUUCAUUCCCUUCUUCCUCAUUUGCUGACUCCCACUGAUUUCUCUUCCCUGCCUUCAUGUCCCUUUCCCCCUUGCUCCUGCCUGUACUCUGUGCUAGAUCUCCAAUGGCUCCCAUAGGAAUUAUGUUCUUGAGGCUGGAAGAACUUCAGCACCUCUUAGGCAGGCAGCCACGGCGGGUCCUGCCCUUCCUUUUCUCCUCGUUCCCCUCUCUGGGGAGUCUGGCUGGCUGUGUCGGGACUCUUCCAUAACGGAGCUACUCUCUGUGGACACUGCCAGGGAGAACGGAUGCAAUGAACGACUCGGCAUUUCUGGAGCUGUGGCACCCCAGGACAGUGUCCAUCCGGGAGCGGCUGGGCAUCGGGGACCAGCCGAAUGACUCCUACUGCUACAACUCAGCCAAAAACAGCACCGUGCUCCAGGGGGUCACCUUUGGUGGCAUCCCCACCGUCCUGCUCAUAGACGUCAUCUGCUUCCUGUUUUUAAUAUUGGUGUUUUCCAUCAUUAGAAGAAGAUUCUGGGAUUAUGGCUGCAUUGCUCUGGUGUCAGAAGCAGGCAGUGAGUCCAGAUUCCAGAGAUCAUCAUCUUCCUCCUCAGGGCAACAAGACUUUGAAUACCAGCUAGUAGGGAUCCUGCUCCUGGCUGACUGCGAUAUUCCGCCUGCAGGGAUUAAGCGAGGUAACCUGUGCCGUGCCCUGAGGCCCCGUGUGUGUGUCUCGGUCAGUGAUGAGCAGAUCCUGGAGUGGUGUGGGGAGGACGCCAUCCACUACCUGUCCUUCCAGAGGCACAUCAUCUUCCUGCUGGUGGUGGUCAAUGUCUUGUCCCUGUGCGUCAUCCUGCCCGUCAACCUCUCAGGCGACUUGCUGGAUAAGGACCCUUACAGUUUUGGGAGGACAACAAUAGCAAACCUAGAGACCAGCAAUAACCUUCUUUGGCUGCACACCAUCUUCGCGGUCAUUUACCUCUUUCUCACCGUGGGCUUCAUGCGGCACCAUUCCAAGUCCAUCAAGUACAAAGAGGAGAACCUGGUGAGGCGGACUCUGUUCAUCACGGGACUCCCCAGAGACACGAGCAAGGAGACCGUGGAGAGCCACUUCCGGGAUGCAUAUCCCACAUGUGAAGUGGUGGAGGCCCAACUGUGCUACAAUGUGGCCAAGCUGAUUUACCUGUGCAAGGAAAGAAAGAAGACAGAGAAGAGUCUGACCUAUUACACAAACCUGCAGGUGAAGACAGGACAGCGGACCCUCAUCAACCCCAAGCUGUGCGGCAAGUUCUGCUGCUGUGAAGUGCGGGGCUGUGAAUGGGAGGAUGCCAUCUCUUACUAUACACGCAUGAAGGACAGGCUGAUGGAGAAGAUCUCAGAAGAGGAAUGCAAAGUCCAGGACCAGCCUCUAGGAAUGGCUUUUGUCACCUUCCAGGAGAAAUCCAUGGCCACCUACAUCCUCAAAGACUUCAAUGCCUGCAAGUGUCAGGGCCUUCGGUGCAAAGGUGAGCCUCAGCCGUCCUCCCACAGCACAGAGCUCUGCAUCUCCAAGUGGACCGUCACCUUUGCAGCUUACCCUGAGGACAUCUGCUGGAAGAACCUGUCUAUCCAGGGCCUCCGCUGGUGGCUCCAGUGGCUGGGCAUCAACUUCACUCUCUUCCUGGGGCUGUUUUUCCUGACCACACCCUCCAUCAUCUUAUCCACCAUAGACAAGUUCAAUGUCACCAAACCCAUCCACGAACUGAACAACCCAAUCAUCAGCCAGUUCUUCCCAACGCUCCUCCUGUGGUCCUUCUCGGCCCUGCUCCCGACAAUCGUCUACUACUCCACGCUGCUGGAGUCUCACUGGACCAAGUCAGGGGAAAACCGGAUCAUGAUGACCAAGGUCUACAUUUUCUUGAUCUUUAUGGUGCUGAUCCUGCCCUCCCUCGGCCUCACCAGUCUGGAUUUUUUCUUCCGGUGGCUCUUUGACAAGACUUCUUCGGAGGGGUCUAUCAGGUUGGAGUGUGUCUUCCUGCCCGACCAGGGGGCCUUCUUCGUGAACUACGUCAUUGCCUCCGCCUUCAUCGGCAACGGCAUGGAGCUGCUGCGGCUGCCGGGCCUCAUCCUCUACACCUUCCGCAUGAUCAUGGCCAAGACGGCCGCCGACCGCAGGAACGUCAAACAGAACCAGGCCUUCGAGUACGAGUUUGGAGCCAUGUACGCGUGGAUGCUGUGCGUCUUCACUGUCAUCAUGGCCUACAGCAUCACCUGCCCCAUCAUCGCUCCUUUUGGCCUCAUCUACAUCCUGCUCAAGCACCUGGUGGACAGGCACAACCUCUACUUCGCCUACCUCCCAGCCAAGCUGGAGAAGAGGAUCCACUUUGCCGCUGUGAACCAGGCCUUGGCUGCCCCCAUUCUGUGCCUCUUCUGGCUCUACUUCUUCUCCUUCCUGCGCCUGGGUCUCAAGGCCCCGGCCACCCUGUUCACCUUUCUGGUUGUGCUGCUCACCAUCCUGGUCUGCCUGGCCUACACGUGCUUCGGAUGCUUCAAGCACCUCAGCCCCCUGAACUACAAGACAGAAGAAUUGGCAAAUGACAAAGGAGGUGAGGCAGAGACCCACAUGCCUCCACCGUUCACACCGUACGUGCCCCGGAUCCUGAAUGGCUUGGCCUCGGAGAGGACAGCCCUGUCCUCGCAUCAGCAACAGACCUAUGGCGCCAUCCACAACAUCAGUGGGACCCUCCCUGGGCAGUGCUUGACCCAGGGCCCUGCAGACAGUGUGGCUGCUGCCCACCAGGAAUCCUGAAGCAAGCUACUGGCUGGGCCCAGCUCAGAGGGAGCCUGGUGGUGAGGGGACCAGGUGGAGAAGCCGCUCAUCCCCGACCAAGUUCAGGACUUCUUUCCAUCCAUUUAAAGCACCGCUGUUGGGAAAGGGUGGAAUCAGACAGACCAGGGACUCAGGCCCUUGGCUGGGGUGGGCAGGGUGGGACUGCUAGCUAAGAGCCGUUGGGUGGUCUUUUGGACAGAGCAGUGGUGAAGGGGGCACAUGCAGCUCCCCACCCUUACUAGAGGCUCUGCUCAUUUCCCAAGCUGCCUUCUGCACAAGUUCCAGCUCUGGGCUGGAAUGAUGUCCCCGGUGAUUUUUAGCAAGAUCAUGUGUUGGAAUUUUGCCUCCCAGACCCACUAGCCUUGGUGAGUCUGGCAGGUAAUAGGGAGAAAUGUUUUCAGUGGAAGACCUCCCCCCUUGCAAACCCUCAGAUAUCCCUCUAUAGACAACCAUGGACACGUGCAUGCGCGUGCAGACACACACACACACACACACACACACGCACACACACUCUCUCUCUCUCUCCCCCUCUCCCUCUCCCUCUCCCUCCCUCUCUCUCUCCCUCUCUCUCUCCCUCUCUCUCUCCCUCCCUCUCUCCCUC